AUGCGAAGGAACUUCACUACUGUGAGGGAGUUCGUCCUCCUGGGCCUGACUAGUCUCCGAGAGUUACAGAUUCUCCUCUUCCUGGUGUUCCUGGGUAUUUACCUGAUCACGGUGCUGGGGAAUGUGGGUAUGCUCGUCCUCAUCCAGCUCAGUGCCCAGCUCCACACACCCAUGUACUUCUUCCUUAGCCACCUGUCCCUUGUGGAUCUCUGCUUCUCUUCCAACGUGACUCCAAAGAUGCUGGAGGUUUUCCUGUCAGAGAAGAAAACCAUCUCCUACCCUGCCUGCCUGGUGCAGUGUUACCUGUUCAUUGCCUUGGUCCAUGUGGAGAUGUACAUCCUGGCAGCAAUGGCUUUUGACAGGUACAUGGCCAUCGGGAACCCGCUGCUCUAUGGCAGCAGGAUGUCCCAACACGUGUGCCUGAUGCUCAUCCUGGGGCCCUACAUGUAUGGGGCACUCACCGGCCUCAUGGAGACCAUGUGGACCUACAGCCUGGCCUUCUGUGGUCCCAAUGAAAUCAACCACUUCUACUGUGCCUGUGCCGACCCCCCGCUCAUCAAACUGGCUUGCUCCGACACCUACAAGAAAGAAACAUCCAUGUUUGUGGUGGCUGGAUGCAACCUGUCUUUCUCCCUGAUCAGCAUUGUACUUUCCUACCUUUUUAUUUUCCGUGCAAUCCUGAGGAUCCGUUCCACAGCAGGCAGACACAAAGCUUUCUCCACCUGUGGCUCCCAUGUGACCAGUGUCACCAUAUUCUACGUGACACUGUUUGUCAUGUACCUCAGACCCCCAUCCGAGGAAUCCGUGGAACAAGGGAAAAUGGUGGCUGUGUUUUAUACCACAGUGAUUUCCAUGUUAAAGCCCAUGAUUUACAGCCUGAGAAAUAAAGACGUGAAAGAAGCCUUAGCCAAACAGCUUUCAAGGAGGAAAACCGUUUCCUAA